UAUGUUUGUUUUCUGGACAAGUGUUUUUUUUUUUUCUUAAAAACAAGUGCUUCCAGGAAACGACCGUCUUGAAUUAGCCUCCGCCUUCUGCAACCUUAGGGUUUUCACCUAAGCUUACCCCACAUGCUACUAGUAUUAGAGAAGGUCUUUCCCAAAACUACUUCUUUGCCCAGGUCAACGAAUGCGCCUUUCGCUUUUAAUGUUGAAUGGGACGCCGUCGUCUAUGACGAGAACUUCAAAGACAGAAGGGCUUUUAUAACCCUUGGGCUGUGGUUGAAAUUUGCUGAAAAGUUAUUUACUUGAUGUUCGGGAGAUAAAGAGAUGGGUGGCGGGAAGAGGAAGAAGGUUCAUAUCAGUAAACUUCUCAGCUUCACCUGUGGGAAAUCUUACACCCUAGACGAGCAAUCGCAGAUAGGAGGCCCUGGCUUCUUGCGAGUUGCUUUCGCAAAUGAUCCGGAUUGCUUUGAGGCUAGCAAUCUCAACUAUGGACUGAACUAUGUUUCUACUACUAAGUACAAUUUGGCUACAUUUUUACCGAAGUCUUUGUUUGAGCAGUUCAGAAGGGUUGCAAACUUUUAUUUUCUUGUUACUGGAUGUCUUGCCUUUACUCCACUGGCUCCCUACACUGCUGUGAGUGCAAUUCUACCGUUGAUUAUUGUGAUUGGAGCAACCAUGGCAAAGGAGGCUGUUGAAGAUUGGAAGAGGUUCCAACAGGAUACUGAAAUGAAUAAUAGGAAGGUAAAAUUGCAUCUUGGAGAUGGAAUUUUUGAGAAUAUAGAAUGGCAAAAGCUGAGAGUUGGAGAUAUAAUAAAGGUGGAAAAGGAUGAAUUUUUCCCUGCUGAUCUUAUUUUACUUUCAUCCAGUUAUGAUGAAGCAAUUUGUUACGUUGAGACCAUGAAUCUUGAUGGAGAGACAAAUUUGAAAAUGAAGCAGGCUAUUGAGGCAACUUCAAAUUUACACAAUGAUUAUAACUUUCAACACUUCAAAGCAAUAAUAACUUGUGAGGACCCUAAUGCAAACCUCUAUACUUUUGUUGGAAGUAUGGAUCUGGAAGGCCAAAAACAUCCCCUCUCACCACAACAACUUCUUCUUCGGGACUCAAAACUGCGAAACACUGAUUAUGUUUAUGGGGUUGUGGUAUUCACUGGUCAUGAUACAAAAGUAAUGCAAAAUGCCACAGAUCCACCAUCCAAGAGAAGCAAAAUUGAAAGGAAAAUGGACAAACUUAUAUACCUCUUGAUGGCUUCCUUGGUCUUAAUUGCGGGUAUUGGGUCAAUCUUCUUUGGUAUCAAAACAGACAAGGACUUGAAUGAUGACAAAAUGAAGAGAUGGUAUCUUCGGCUAGAUGAUACAGAUGUCUUCUAUGAUCCCAAAAGACCAGCUCUUGCUGCAAUAUUGCAUUUUAUAACUGCAAUGAUGCUCUAUAGUUACUUCAUCCCAAUCUCUUUGUAUGUAUCCAUCGAGGUAGUCAAAGUUUUGCAGACCAUUUUUAUCAAUCAAGACCGACAAAUGUAUCACGAGGAAUCUGACAAGCCUGCCCAUGCUCGUACAUCAAACUUGAAUGAGGAAUUAGGCCAAGUUGACACAAUUCUAUCAGACAAGACUGGAACGCUGACCUGCAACUCAAUGGAGUUCAUCAAAUGCACAAUUGCCGGUAUUGCUUAUGGUAAAGGGGUUACCGAAGUUGAGAGAGCAAUAGCUAAAAGAAAAGCUUCCCCUUUGAUUUCUGAAGAGGAAAAUGAUCAUAGUAAUUUGAUUAAUAGACCUGCAGUUAAGGGUUUCAACUUUAAGGAUCAUCGAAUCAUGAAUGGGAAAUGGGUCAAUGAACCGCAUUCAGAUGUUGUGCAGAAGUUUUUUCAGUUAUUGGCAAUCUGCCAUACUGCCAUACCUGAAGUCGAUGAAGUUUCAGGAAAGAUUACAUACGAAGCUGAAUCGCCUGAUGAGUUAGCCUUUGUUAUUGCAGCACGAGAAAUUGGAUUUCAGUUCUAUAAGAGGACACAGACAUCCAUCUCUUUAUAUGAGUUGGAUCCCUUGACAGGAAACACAGUUGAAAGGUCAUACAAACUUUUGAACAUCUUAGAGUUCAAUAGUGCUAGAAAAAGGAUGUCCGUGAUUGUUCGAAGCCCAGAGGGGAAAUUGUUGUUACUUAGCAAAGGUGCUGAUAGUAUCAUGUUUGAAAGGCUUGCAAAGGAUGGAAGUGAAUUUGAAGGAAAGACCAGGAAGCAUAUUAAUGAAUAUGCUGAUGCUGGUUUGAGAACCUUGGUUCUUGCUUACCGUGAGCUUGAUGAAGAGGAAUAUCAAAAAUUCAAUAAGGAAUUUAUGGAAGCCAAGAAUUCAGUUAGUGCUGACAGGGAAGAAAAAUGCGAUGCAGCUGCUGAGAAGAUUGAGAAUAAUUUGAUUCUUCUUGGUGCCACAGCUGUUGAAGACAAGUUGCAAAUUGGGGUGCCUGACUGCAUUGACAAAUUAGCUCAGGCUGGAAUCAAGAUAUGGGUUCUUACUGGUGACAAGAUGGAGACUGCUAUCAACAUCGGAUUUGCAUGCAGCCUAUUAAGACAAGGAAUGAAGCAGUUAAUAAUUACAUUGGACUCUCCAGAUAUUGUUCUGUUGGAAAAACAAGGGAACAAAGACGCUAUUAACAAGGCAUCAAUGGAAAGCGUUUCCCGGCAAAUAAUUGAAGGGAAGAAACUUCUGAGUUGUUCAAGCUCAGCGUCAUUUGCUUUGAUAAUUGAUGGAAAGUCCCUUACAUAUGCUUUAGAUGUUACUGUUAAGAAUAUAUUCUUAGAGUUAGCUAUUUGCUGCGGAUCAGUUAUAUGCUGCCGUUCUUCUCCUAAGCAGAAGGCCCUUGUAACAAGACUUGUAAGAACUAGCACUGGUAAAGUAACAUUAGCAAUUGGUGAUGGUGCCAAUGAUGUGGGCAUGCUCCAAGAAGCAGACAUUGGGAUUGGUAUCAGUGGAGCUGAAGGAAUGCAGGCUGUUAUGGCAAGUGAUGUUGCGAUUGCCCAAUUUCAGUUUCUUGAACGCUUACUUCUAGUUCAUGGGCAUUGGUGUUACAGGAGGAUAUCAUCAAUGAUCUGCUACUUUUUCUACAAGAACAUCACAUUUGGGCUUACAAUCUUUUUGUAUGAGGCCUACACAACAUUCUCAGGUCAAUCUGCUUAUGAUAGUUGGUUUCUAUCAUUCUACAAUGUUUUCUUCACAUCUCUUCCUGUUAUAGCAUUGGGCGUAUUUGACCAGGAUGUUUCUUCCCGAUUUUGCCUCAAGUUCCCCAUGCUUUACCAAGAAGGCGUACAGAAUCUCCUCUUUAGCUGGCGUAGGGUACUUGGUUGGAUGUUCAAUGGAAUCAUUAGCGCCAUUAUGAUCUUUUUCUUGACCCUAAGUGCUUACCAGCACCAAGCAUUCCGCCAGGGUGGUCAGAUUGUUAGCCGUGACAUUCUUGGAGCCACACUGUACACUUGCGUGGUCUGGGUUGUCAAUUGCCAAAUGGCAAUCUCUGUCACCUAUUUCACUCUCAUUCAACACAUAUUCAUCUGGGGAGGCAUUGCCUUAUGGUAUAUAUUUCUCCUUGGAUAUGGAGCAAUUACUCCUACUAUUUCAACAAUUGCCUAUCAGUUGUUUCAAGAGGCACUGGCUCCAGCGCCAUCCUUUUGGAUCACAAUUCUCUUCGUUGUGCUAUGUACACUCAUUCCAUACUUUAUAUUCGCUGCGAUCCAAACGAGGUUUUUUCCUAUGUACCAUAACAUGGUCCAGUGGAUUCGUUUUGAUGGGAGACAAGAUGAUCCAGAGUAUUGUCAAAUGGUAAGGAUGAAUUCUGUGAGGCCAACGACUGUAGGGGUGUCAGCAAGAUUAGAUGCAAGAGUUAGUCUGAUUUCCACUGAAGUACAUAACGAACUUGGUGAGUUCACAUUUUAAGGUUUGUACAGUAUUAACUGAUGCCAUAGGUUGCAAAGCUGGAUUUUGGGUUGUGCACUGUGUUGUUUAUAAGAUAGAUUUAGGUGUUUCUAAGGGGAGAGUUGAAAUGUAAAUUUUUAUUUGUUUUUUUUUC